GCCAAGUGAUCGGUAAAUCAGUGGUGCUGUGAGAUGCGUGCCCGCAGCCCUGUAAAAAUUUUCAGUAGUGUGUUCAGGAGCAGCGUCGAGUGUUGUUGUGUGCGGCUUGAUGUGUUCUGGAUGGGAUGUCUCAAUACGAUGCCAUAAUACACCUCUUGGCUGGAGGUCUGGGUGGAACGGCCGGUGCUAUUGCCACCUGCCCUCUGGAAGUGGUGAAGACGCGCCUGCAGUCGUCGGUAGCCAAUUUCCACUUCGUCGCCUCCGGGCCUGGCGGUUCUCCUGUGGCCGUCCAAUCCCUCGCUGAGCGCCUGGGCCUCAACGCCUGCACAUGCACCCCGUCCCCGACCGGUGGAAGCGGCGGCUUCACCACCUCGGUGAUCAACACCAACGGCGCCGCCGCCGCCGCAACCGCCACGAGGGCACCCUCCUUAGGAAUAUGGCGCUGCCUGAAGCAAAUAGUCGAGAUGGAAGGCACCAAGGCUCUUUUCAAGGGUCUCGGACCUAACCUGGUCGGAGUGGCUCCUUCGAGGGCCAUCUACUUCUGUACAUACUCCAACUCCAAGAGCAUCUUCAACGAGCUUCUCCCUUCGGAUACUCCCAUUGUACAUAUCUGUUCAGCAGCCAGCGCUGGCUUUAUGUCCUGCACGGCAACCAAUCCUAUCUGGUUCGUGAAGACAAGGCUCCAACUUGAUCAAAGGAUGUAUGGCAGCAUCUCUGCACUGCAGUGCAUUCGGGACAUCUACCAGAGGCAUGGCCUGCUGGGCUUCUACAAGGGGAUCACUGCUUCAUACUUUGGCAUCUCAGAAACCAUCAUCCACUUUGUCAUCUACGAGUUCAUCAAGGCUCAACUGCGACAACGCAAGGAGUCCUCGAGGGACUCGUACAACCCUGAUGUCAAGUCCACUCGCGACUUUGUACAGUUCAUGGCAGCAGGUGCCAUCUCCAAAACCUGUGCCUCCACCCUCGCCUACCCCCAUGAAGUGGCGAGAACGCGACUACGGCAGGAAGGCGAGAAGUAUCGGUCGUUCUUCCAGACGCUGCUUCUGGUGUGGCGUGAAGAGGGCUACCAGGGCCUGUACCGGGGCCUGGCCACUCAGCUUGUGCGCCAGAUCCCCAACACAGCCAUCAUGAUGGCCACCUACGAGGCAGUCGUCUACAUGCUCUCACCAGCCGUCUACGGCGCCUCUCCUGCGAACUUGGACGAUGACUGAAAAAGUUCCUCGGGGCCCGCGUUGUUGCUGCCAGGUGGAAAAGCAUAAAGGUCCCCUGUUGCAGUCCUGGUGGAAUCGCGCGGUGCUUUGAAGGCUCAUCAAGACGACUGAUCUUCCCACUCUUUUGGGAGAAGUCGAUGUGUAUGAUCUGCAGAUCUCGAGCGCCGGGGUGCUUUUUUUGACCAGAGUGUUCUGCUCUAGCAACCCCUUUUACACAUUCGUCCGUAUUUCUGGCAUUGCUUUUCUUUCUUUUUUCGUAAUUAUUAUCGUAAGUAUCAUCUUUGCACCAUGGUAGGCAUUUACAAGUUGUCCGAAAAGUGAAGUGGUGAAAACAAAAAUCCUAAUUACUUAGCAUAGACACUCGUGUUCAAUCCUUUUCUUUUUUUAAUGGGUGCCUGUGAACCUUCUGGACAAGUCAUUCUGAAGGCUUCAGCGUGCCUGUAGUUUUUAAGUCGGCCGUCAGUCACAAUGUGCAUUUUUGUUUGCUUUCUCGUACUCUGGUCAGAAUGGUGAGCCCGGCCACCAAAAUGGCGUCCGUAACGAAUGCACUUUCCCGUGCCGAGGAUUCAUCUACGUGCGAGUGGUGUUGUUACUCUUGUAUCGUGGAAGGGUUCUGGAGUUUGGAAGGCUUCGGUGUUGUGAACAACCCUUACCUGAUUGUGUAUGUGUGUGCAUGUGGUGCGUGUGAUGGCGGGUUUCGGUUCGGUCCACUUGCAGGUACACACUUGUGUCACACGCUGUGUGCAAAGCAUCCAACUCCUGAAGUGCUCGAACAGCCCACCAUUUUCAGUUGUAAAUAGUAUAAGAGUGGACUGUGGUUCUCUUUGUACAUACUCUGUUUGCUAUGGUACUAAUGUUAUUUGUACACUGUUGUAUUAUUCAUAGUGCUAUUUGCUUGUCACAUUUCUUCUUGCUGUGGGGACAUCCUGAAAUUGAAAGAAAAGGUGUACAUUUUAAAAACAUAGUAGUGGCUAAUAUGAACGAACGUACACGAUCACUAGUGCAAGCUAUUUUUUUUUUGGUAGCAUGUUCGGUGUCAGUAGGUCUUGUAAUGCUCGUACGAGCGAUAUUGAAACACCUUUUUUUUUUUCCCUUAUUUGGCAUUGUAAAUCAUUUGUUUUUGCUGUGCAUUGAAAUGUUAGAUAAGUUGUACAGAAAGAACUGAACACAGGGAUGUGUGCAAAUAACUGAUGACUAUAUUGCUGCACUCCAGAAAGCUAGCCAAGUAAAGGCUACAAAGAUCAUUUUUUGCAAAUUACCCUGAUCAAACAAACGAGAACUUUUGUUUGGGCUUUUAUCACCUGCCUGCUACUGAACUUCGCGUGUAUUUUUUCAGCCUUGGUUGUGGCAUCUCGAAAUGCCUAUUGUGCAUCUCCGGUUAUCAGUGUGCCCUGUUACUCGGGCGUGCUAUGUUCGUUCUGUGUGGAUUUGCCGUACGUGAGGCUUUGUUUCACGCUAGUACAAAGGGAUGGUUUCUUGCCAGCUGUGUGCGAAGGACUGUGCCGGCCAUGUUUGUUGGCGAGAUGCUCGUUGAAAGUGCCUUACUGAUGUGUUAAGGAAAAAAAGAAAAUUAAAAACAUGCAGCACGUGCGUCUGAGGACCAGACAGGCAGGCAAACCAAACGUGUUCUGGAGUUUUUAUUGACAACAAACCGCGAUGCUUUCGAUGUACAUCCAAAAAUCUCUGUUCAAUAAAGUGGCAGCAAGUGUA